AUGAACACCAUCUCAGGAGAGGGCUGGAAGGAGAGCAGCAGUGAGUCCUUCAGGGCCGGCCUGGCCAAUUGCAUAGACUCACAAUCGCACCAUCUUCCCACCACACUGCGGCAACAUUAAUUAAAACAUUUGAAUAAAUUCGUGUACAUAAGAAACAUGGUUUUCUUUGAAAUCACCAUUGGAGUCGUCGCCAACACUGUCCUGCUUCUGUUCCACAUCCUCAAAUUUCUUCUCAAGCAAAGACCCAAGCCCCUUGACCUGAGUAUUGGUCAUUUGGCCCUAAUACACCUGGUGAUGCUGGUAACUGUGGGCCUUGUAGCUACAGACACUUUUGGGUUUCAGGGUUGGGAGAAGGAUCUCACAUGUAAAUUGGUUAUCUAUGUAAACAGGCUGAUGAGGGCCCUCUCCCUCUGUACCACCUGCCUGCUGAGUGUCCUCCAGGCCAUCGCCCUCAGCCCCAGAAACUCAUGUUUAGCAAAGUUCAAGCACAGAUCCACACAUCACUACCCAUGUUUCCUUGUCUUUUUAUGGAUCUUCACUAUGCUCCUGAAUGGUCGUUUGUUAGUCUUCAUUGGUGCCACCCCCAAUGUGACUUCACACAGUCUCAUGUUUGUCACUGAGUCCUGCUCUCACUGGCCCAUUAAGUCCUUGUUCAGGUACAUAUUUUUAACAUUGGCAAACACUCAGGAUGUCUCCUUUAUAGGGCUGAUGGCUCUCUCAAGUGGAUACAUGGUGACGCUCUUGUGCAGGCAUAAGAGGCGGUUGCAGCAUCUUCACAGCACCAGCCUUUAUCCAAAAACAUCCCCUGAAGAAAGGGCCACUCAGACCAUUCUGCUGCUCAUGGGUUUCUUUACUUUCAUAUACUUUUUGGAUUGUAUUACCUUCUCUUCCUCUGCAAUAUUGUGGAAAAAUGACCCAAUUCAUCAUUAUGUCCAGAUGCUUGUGGGCAAUAGCUAUGCCACAGGCUGUCCUUUGGUGCUAAUGAGCACUGAAAAACGAAUGACCAAGUGGUUAACAUCCAGGUGGAAAAGACUCAAUGUUUAG